AUGGACUCCAAACCCUCAAGUAACACCAGUGUUUACAUUGGAAUGGCUCAUUGGCCCCUGCUCGUUUGGAGUGUUUUGAAUGCCCUCACUGGUUUACUAGGAAUGAUUAUUUAUGGUUCUGAAACGACCACCUUCGGACCUGUGUAUAUCAUGAAUCAAUAUGUUGGUUUAUGGUUGUGUGUGUUGUUGUUCUUCUUCUCCGUACAGGGUAUCUAUCAUGAGUUGAAGCCAGCCGACGAUAGGAUGAAAAUUCUAACGUUUUUCAUGAACCUCCUAUACUUUACCCUAGUGUUUAUUGGUUCCAUCAUUCUCUUUCUAGGCUAUGCGAUCAACGGUGUUCGUUCCGAUUGUAUUAUUUGGACCAUUUUAAUCAUGCUCAUGUGUGGUUUGAAUAUUGUGAUCGUUGUAUUGAGAUACUUUGCUGGUGUGGGUACUCUCAAACCACAACGACAAAUACUUCCUUCAGAAUCUGCAUGUUAUGGAAAGAUUCGAGAGAAAUCGAGUCCUGCUGCUUCCAAAGUCGUUGCAUGUUUGCAUGUAACAUGUAUUGUCAUGCAUGUCAUGUUGAGAGUACUCCUUUUAUUGUUUAUGAUUCUGUUAAUGGUUGGAGCAAUCAAUGCUGCGUAUAUUGUCAAUUAUCCAAUGAAGGGAAAACUCGUAAAGGUUGAAUUGAAUGAUGGUUCUGGAAGAUUUCAAAACAUUCAUUACCUGUGUGCCGGUCCCAAAGAGAAUAAUUCAUUUACCUUCUUGUUGGAAGGAGACUUUUCUCAUGGGUAUGCCGAUUAUUGGGACAUUCAACAACAUUUGACAUCUCUCGGUCGUCGUUCUUGUAUUUAUGACAAACCUGGUCUCGGAUAUUCUGACUACUUGUACAAGGGCCAAACAGAUGAAGCUACGUUUUACUAUAACUUUUUAACAAGUAUUGGAGAGAACAUGCCAUUCGUGUUGGUCGGUUGGGGUGGCGGAGGACAUUUGAUCUACAAAUUUGCACACAAACAUCCAGAGCUUGUCAAGUCACUCACAUUCCUUGAUGUGUUUCCACCUGGCAUUGAGUUCACCUCAAUAAGAGAUUUGAAAAAUUUAACUCAAAGCCAAUAUGAACAGUACAAGAGCAUAGAUAAGCAAGGAAGAAAAACAUUGUUGGGAAUUAUCAAUGGAUUGGGAGUUCCUUGGGGUUUAAUGUCGAUAUUUGUCAUGGAAAAUUCGAAAAAUUCCAACUCGAAGGAAAUUGCAUUCUGGAUGAGAACAGAAAAGACCUGGAUCACCCAAGCGUCCCAAAUGGAUUUGUAUUUUUCACAAGACUCUAGCUCGUUUCUAAAACAAUCUCUUGCUUCGAAUAUUACAAUCAAUUUGGUCAUUUCCAAACACAAUGACACUUGGGUAAAGACCAAUAAUUAUGUAUGUAAAACGAAAGGAACAGAAUCUCAAGAUUGUGCCUUCGAAAUUGAGAAGAAUAACUAUUAUAUGAAAUCCCAAUUGGAAAUUGUACCAACUUUGAACGGAGGAACCAUUACUUAUUGUACAGAUGAUUCCUGCGGUUUAAGCUACUACACGUUCAUCAAUCCAAGUUAUACGGCUUCGACACUCAAUCAGCUCUACCCCAAAUAG